GUAACUGUUGGCAGAGCAUUUGUAACAAACAUAUAAACACGUCGUGUCUGCGUCGCUUUUAAGGUAGUUUUCAUUUAAUAGCGCAGAAGUGAACAACAUGUUUCGCCACAACGGAUCGUCAGCAUUUAGCAACAACAACAACAACAGCCGUCUCUUCUUUGGCGGUGCAACUUUCAAAGUGAUUUUGCUGCUGUUGUUGGCGCUCGUGGUAAUGAGCAAUGCACAAAUAGGUUGUCCCUCAUCCACUAAGGUGUUGACCUGCACACCAAAAUGCAAACAAGACUCAGAUUGUAGCGCCAUCGGCGGCAAGUGCUGCCCGAAUUUGUGCAACGAGCGCUCGUGCAUACAGCGCAAUCAAUUCGAUCAGAGCAGUGGCAGUAACAAGGAUGGCAAUAAAUAUUCCAGCGGCAGUUCGGGCGCCUACUGUGGCAACACUAAAUGCAGCCCCUAUGAGAAAUGUCAAAUGGAUCGUUCGACCAAACGCGAAAAAUGCGUCAGAACUUAAGCAACGCAGGAAGACACAAGGAAUGCAAAUGAUUUUUUAAACUCUACAAACAAUAAACCUUUUUUCUUUUACAAACAAUUUUUUGUACAUACAUACAUACAAACAAGUAUGAAGUGUUGGUUGAAUAAAUAUGUAUAUGCACUUACAGCUGGUGCCGCAACGGCGAUUUGUACUAAGAGACAAGCAACCAAAAUAAAUUUCAACAUUUUGAAUUUCGA